GAAUGUUGCUCACAAUCAUAUUAAGAAAACAUAUUGUAAUAACACUACGUGAUUUCUGCACUUAAACGGACACACAAACAGUGAAGCAUUGAAACAGCAUCAAAAUGUUAACGUCACGAUAAAAAACUUCACUGACGUUAUGAUGUCAACGUUAGAGUUACGUCGUAACAUAGCAACCACAUCGUGUUGAUACGAAUUUCACAAGCAGCGUGUAUAUAUCAGCAGUAUUUUAGCUUUUCGUCGCGAAAUUACAGAAAAAACAUGAGUAUUAAAAGGGAAAAUAAUCGUAGAACUAACAGAAAUUAUGAAGUUCUAGAUGAAGAAGAUGUAUAUAGUCCAGCAUCAGAAGCGGGGUACCCGUAUCCUUUCCGUUCCUGGUCCUCUACAUACAUUGCUGAAGAGGACUGGCAUCAACCGGAUGCUCUUGACAUACUUGAUCUUGAGAAAAUGGCAGAAGAAUGGGCUGAAAAUCAAAAGCAUAAGAACACUAGACACAUUACUGAAGCCGAGAUAUCACAGUGCAUUCCACUUGCCGAGGCCAACUUUGAAGACAUUAAACAAACAGACAUCCGUCUUGAGCGUGCAUAUGAACUGUACCUAUUGCCCGCCCUAGACUCGGUACCCGACGUUAAACGUGAAACAGAAGCAAUGAUUAAACGACUCGAGAACCAGCCACAUUUCUACUGCCCCUACGGGCGGGAAGAAACGACCAAGGUCCAUGUCGGCCGAUGGCUUGAUAAGCACACUUGCAACCCAGAGAAAGAGCUCACUGGUUUUACAUCUAAAGAUCCCUACGACCUAGAGAGAUUCAUACCUAUUGUCGAGCCACGACUGUCAACCAGUGACACUAAUGUUAUUCUCGGAAAGCGUAAGAGAGUCAGGGAAAGGGAGGAGGAAACAGUAUACAUCAGCGGAAGUAGCUCAGACUCCAGACUGGUCAGCGAUAGAGGCUACAGGCCUCGGAAAGUUAGGAAGUCACGUUAAAUUUGGAAUGAAAUGUUACUGAUUUUGAUUCUUUUACUCGAUUUCUUAAUUGUUUCAUCAAUAAAUAGUUAUUAUAAAUCAAGAUGUUACUGUUUGAACAGUGUUUAGGAUAUACAUACAUACAGAAAUCAUAGUUUUAGACCUGGAAUCUCUCGCAUCAAGAAACAGCAGAUUUUAGGACGCCAUAUUAGGUAACCAGAAGUCCCGUGUUUGAACCUCCUCACUCCCCCAACUAUAAUUA